AUGCGGCUCAUCAACGUACACACCAGGAAAAUCAACGACUUUCUGUCCGACACCGAUGUUCAGCGCUAUGCCAUCCUUUCGCACACCUGGGGAUUGGAGGAGGUCUCGUUUGAGGAGUACCAAUGUUUACCAAAGGAAACACUUAUGGCCAAGAAGGGGUACGCAAAGAUCGACUACUGCUGCUUGCAAGCAUCAGCCGACGGGUUGGACUGGGCUUGGGUUGACACUUGCUGCAUCGACAAAAGGAGCAGCGCUGAGCUCUCGGAGGCCAUUAACUCCAUGUUCCGCUGGUACAGGCAGUCGGCCGUGUGCUACGCAUACCUAGCCGAUGUUUACGAGGCGGACCCGGCCAACGUGAAGAUAGACGUCGCCCUCGCCAGGGCUCGUUGGUUUACCCGCGGAUGGACCUUGCAGGAGCUUCUCGCGCCGCCGGAAAUGGAACUGUACGCCCACGGCUGGAAGCGGAUCGGCACCCGGACCGACAUAUGCGGGAGCCUGAGCAAGAUUACGGGGAUUGAGGUCAAGUACCUCUGCGGCCUUGCUCCCCUCGAGGAAGCCAGCGUGGCCAAGAGGAUGUAUUGGGCUGCCCGACGAGAGACGACCAGAACCGAAGACAUUGCCUACUGUCUUCUCGGACUGUUCGACGUCAACAUGCCCCUGCUCUACGGCGAGGGCAGAAAGGCUUUCCGCAGGUUGCAGGAAGAGAUCAUGAAGACCAAUCCCACCGACCACACGCUCUUCGCAUGG